AUGAAACUCUAUCAAACGCCAGCUCCGUUCGAAGUCGGCAACCCAACAUCGAUCAUAGUAUGCGGCCGCAACUGGGCGGCGCACACCAUUUACCGGAAUCAGGCCCCAGAACUCACAACAACCGACGAGACCAUAACCACAACCCAGCCAAUCUCUCGUGAUACCAUCUCGACAACACAAACACCCUCAUCCACCUCAGCAGCCUCCACAGACGACAGCACUAGCGACAGUAGCGCCUCCCUCCCCGUAGGUGCCAUCGCCGGUGGUGUCGUCGGUGGCGUCGCCCUCGUCGCCCUCGUCGCCCUCGCCUUCUGGUUCCUGCGCCGCCGCUCAAGGCAACGGGACACUGCGACAAAAGCGCAAGCAACAGGAAACUACGGCGCGUACGGCGCCGGGGCUCCGGGCAGCGAUUAUCCCAGCGAGUCAGCCACGGCCGCCAUGUCCAUGUCUCAGUCCGACCGGCACACGUGGACGCAGAGCCCACCUCACCAGGGCGGCGGCCCAGAGCACUACUCGAGUCCCGGAUAUCCAAUGCCGCACGGUCACCAACUUGUUCCGCAGCAGCCGCCUGUGGGCGAGCUCGGGUCCUGGCAAGGUCACGGGCUUGGGCCUGGCGCCGAGGCGAUGGAGCUGGACGGAAGCUACGCGAACGAGGCCGGCAGGCAAAGACCGUUGUCAGAGUUGCCGGUGGACGGGCACCAUGGGUCCGGAGGGUCGGGCUAUGGGAGGUGA